GGCUGAAGGGACAUGAGGGAGGAGUUUGGGAAACACAGAUUACAUGUGGGCAAGCCUUAAUUGACUGGGGUCAUUUGCAUUCACAGAGUUGCUGGAAGGGGGUUUUACUGCUGCAAUCGGAGACUGUGAGGGGGGACAGGAGGCAAGAAGGGAAAACCUUCCCAGAAGCGAGGGAAGGUCGGCGAAGAGAGGAAAAGAAAUCUGCUGCAACCCAGGAAGGAGGAGGUGGGGGGAACGCCAUGGCACAAAUGGACAUGGAACAACUGAGGAGCAGGGGCGCUGGCAAAGCCAUCGCGGUGUUGACCAGCGGAGGAGAUGCACAAGGUAUGAAUGCUGCAGUGCGUGCAGUAGUACGGAUGGGGAUCUAUGUGGGAGCUGAUGUUUACUUUGUGUAUGAGGGUUACGAGGGACUAGUUGGUGGUGCAGAGUACUUGAAGUUGGCAGACUGGGACAGUGUUUCAAAUAUCAUCCAACUGGGUGGAACCAUUAUUGGCAGCGCCCGCUGCAAGAGUUUCCGCACCCGGGAAGGUCGCCAGGCAGCAGCCUACAACCUGGUGCAGCAUGGCAUCAACAACCUGUGUGUGAUCGGAGGAGAUGGCAGUCUCACCGGGGCCAACAUCUUCCGGACAGAGUGGAGCGAGCUGCUUGCUAGUCUUGUUGAAGAGGGGAAAAUCACGGAGGAGGUUUCCCAGCAGUAUUCUCACCUGAACAUUGUUGGGAUGGUGGGAUCAAUUGACAAUGACUUCUGUGGGACAGACAUGACUAUUGGUACAGACUCUGCCCUACACCGGAUUAUGGAAGUGAUUGAUGCCAUAACCACUACCGCACAGAGUCACCAGAGAACAUUUGUGCUUGAAGUCAUGGGCAGGCACUGUGGGUACUUGGCACUGGUGUCUGCACUGGCGUCUGGUGCAGACUGGCUGUUCAUUCCAGAGGCACCUCCAGAGGAUGGCUGGGAGGACUUCAUGUGCAAGAGAUUAGGAGAGAGUCGCAGCAGAGGGUCUAGGCUGAACAUCAUCAUCCUCGCAGAGGGAGCAAUUGACUGGCAAGGAAAUUCUAUCAGCUCCAACUAUGUGAAAGAGCUUGUUUCUAAACGUCUCGGAUUUGAUACACGGGUCACAGUCUUGGGACACGUGCAGCGAGGUGGCACACCCUCUGCCUUUGAUCGGAUUCUGAGCAGCAAGAUGGGCAUGGAAGCAGUCCUCACCCUGCUGGAUGCCUCGCCAGAGACAUCAUCCUGUGUUGUCAGCCUUUCUGGUAACCAGGCCUUGCGACUGCCACUGAUGGAGUGUGUGCAGCUGACCAAGGACGUUCAGAAAGCCAUGGACGAGAAGAGGUUUGAUGAAGCCAUUGUUCUUCGUGGCAGGAGCUUCGAGAAUAACUGGAAUAUCUACAAGCUGCUGGCUCACCAGAAACCUGCUCAGACCAAGAGUAAUUUCAACUUAGCCAUCGUGAAUAUUGGAGCUCCAGCAGCAGGGAUGAACGCAGCCGUGCGUUCUGCGGUUCGAGUUGGCCUCUCGUCGGGUCACGUUGUCCACACUGUUGCCGAUGGGCUGGAAGGCUUUGCUGCAGGACAGAUUAAGGAAAUGAAAUGGGGUGAUGUUGGAGGCUGGACUGGACAAGGUGGCUCCCUGCUGGGCACAAAACGCACCCUCCCCGAGAAGUGCAUGGAGCAGCUGGUGAAACAGAUCCGGGAGCAUCGCAUCCACGCUAUCCUCAUUAUCGGUGGGUUUGAGGCCUACGUGGCAGCCUUGCAGCUGACCGAGGGGCGGGAACGCUACGAAGAACUCUGCAUCCCCAUGUGUGUCAUCCCGGCAACCAUCAGCAACAAUGUACCAGGCACCGACUUCAGCCUCGGCUGUGACACUGCAGUCAAUGCAGCCAUGGAGACUUGUGACCGCAUUAAGCAGUCAGCAUCAGGGACCAAACGCCGAGUUUUCAUUGUGGAGACCAUGGGAGGUUACUGUGGCUACCUGGCCUCAGCAACAGCACUAGCUGUCGGGGCUGAUGCUGCUUACAUCUACGAAGAUCCCAUUAACAUUCAUGACUUGACGGCCAAUGUGGAACAUCUAACCGGGAAGAUGAAGACAACUAUCCAGAGAGGGCUUGUCCUGAGGAAUGAGAAGUGUCACCAGUAUUACACCACUGAGUUCUUAUACAACCUGUACUCUGCCGAGGGGAAGGGUGUAUUUGACUGUCGCACCAAUGUGCUGGGCCAUAUGCAACAGGGCGGUGCACCCACACCCUUCGAUAGGAACUUUGGGACGAAGCUGGGCGUCAAGGCUGUGCAGUGGCUGACCGAGAAACUGCUGGAGAGCUACAGGAAAGGGCAAGUAUUCGCCAACUCUCCUGAAACGGCCUGUGUCCUGGGAAUGAACAGGAAGGCCUUGGUCUUCCGACCUGUGACCGAGCUGAAAGCAGAGACGGACUUUGAGCACCGCAUGCCGAAGGAGCAGUGGUGGCUGAGGGUGCGGCCCCUCCUGAAGAUGUUAGCCAAGUACCAGACGCGUUUCGACAAUUACAUCACGGGCAAGGUCGAGCACGUCAACAGGCGCAGUCUGAGCGUUGAGUCCGGUUUCUGAAUCAAGCGGCCACCGGCACCCAUCUCCCGUCACCACGUUUUAACCUCAUUAUAGCAUGAACCUACCGUGAAGUAGUGUUUAAAAACUGCUUGCAUUUGUUAUUGCACCUGUUAAUGUAGGAAGGUAACCCCAGGUGCAUCGCAGGGGCUCAGUUGAACAAAAAGAGAGAGGGAGGAGUUAUCAACAUCAAAUAUGGCCAUCACCUCAACCCAAACGGGUCAUGGGUCAGAUUUAAUUCCAGUGAAGACUGGAUUUGGGCCUGUGAGAAAUGUAGUAUUUUCCAUUGUAUCCUCAGAUACACCCAUCCUUCGUGAAGACCCUGUGCUGACCUACAGCCGAUUGUGGCUGCAUUCAUCAUCUCCACUCCAUAUCUCAACCUCUCGCAGCCUUUUUUACUCCAUCCCUGUCCUGCCCUCUCUGCCUUUCUUUCUCUGUGUGUCUCUCAUCCCUUCUCUCCCUCUCCUCUGCCCCCACCUUGCUACCUUUCCUCACUGCUCCUUGCUGCUACUGAAACUAUGGGAGUUUGGUACAAGGAUAAUCACAGGCCUGUCACAGCUUGAGACUUCACUGUCCCUCGAUCCUGGUCCAGGCUUUGCUUUCUGAAUUGAUUAGUUUUUUUUUUGUUUGACUUGUCUGUGAUGUGUGAAACUUUCUGGGCCAUUUAACUCAACCAGCGAUUUGCCACCAGGCUGGGGAGGAGGUGAGUGCCGAUAGGAUUCCUCCGUAGAAAGGCUGCUCGCUGUGAUCCGGGACAAAGGUAAAUCCGAGAAUGAGUGGAAAAAGGUGCUGAAAAGGUCCAAUGUGUGAACUCUCCAGCUGGUGUUCCUUCUGCCUGCCCUAAUAACCACUGUGAGUAGCUGGGUUAGAGCAGCAUCCUCCCCAGUCACUCUCUUAGAAAAUUCGAGAUGUCAUUGAGAUAGCUGCCUCCAUUUCUAAAUGCAGCAGAGUGCCGUCGCGUUAAAUCGAACACUGUGUGUUGUGUCUAUGACAUUUGAACUCUCCUCGGUCACUCUGGCCAUGCUCCAUGUGUCUGAACUGUUCAGAGCAGCUCCUGAAAUGAAGCCCUUUGACAACACUCUAUGGACACUUGUUGCAUAUUGCUGAUAAUGUCCCAUAAAAAAAAUGAAUUGAGAAACUUGAUUGCGAUAACUUCCUUCCCUUCUCUUGGGAGCCUUGGAAUUAAGAAUGGAUGUUUAUUCAAGGUUGUUUUAAUAUAGAGAAGAUUCAAGCUUUUAAAAGGCUUAAGGCAGUGCUAUUCUCAAAAGACCAUUUACAGAGGACGGAAACAGCUAUUCUCCCCGUCAGUCCCCCGAUUAUUUAUUAAGACUGUGUGUCCAUUUUAAACGAAGGUUCAGCCAGCAUUCAGUCAAGGAUGACAAACAGUGCGAUCCUUUUAAAUGUUAUGGGCAUUAUUCUCCAAUCAUGUGACCGUUGCCGCAAAUCAUGUGAUUCUCUUGUGAGGCCACAAGGGGAACAAGAUCUGUAUACCAUGUAGGUCAGUGUGUAGUCCUUUCAAGCCAGGCUGUGG